UCUCCUCACAACAUACCUUCAAGGGGUCCAACAGACCUGCCUCCCAUGCCUGUCACCAAACCACUUCAGAUGGUACCACGAGGCUCUCAGUUAUAUCCAGCACAACAAGCAGAUGUUUAUUACCAGGAUCCUCGAGGAGCUGCUCCACUAUUUGAACCCACACCUUAUCAGCAGGGUAUGUACUAUACUCCACCACCUUGUGUGUCCUGCUUUGUUCGGCCUCCGCCAUCUGCUCCUGAACCUGCUCCUCCUUACUUGGAUCAUUAUCUGCCCUACCUCCAAGAUCGUGGUGUAAAUUCCCAUUAUGGCACACAACCACAGCAGUACCCACCUAUGUAUCAGCCACACUAUGACAACCAUCGCCUAUACCCUGCUCAGUCUUAUACAAGAGAGGAGAUCUUUCGAGAAAGUCCUAUACCCAUUGAAAUUUCACCUGCAGCAGUACCAUCUUAUGUUCCAGAAUCCAGAGAAAGAUAUCAACAGAUAGAGGGUUACUAUCCAGUGGCUCCUCAUCCCUCUCAGAUCAGACCUUCAUACCUCAGAGAGCCUCCUUAUAGCCGGCUUCCACCUCCUCCCCAGCCUCAUCCUAGUCUAGAUGAAUUGCAUCGCAGAAGAAAGGAAAUAAUGGCCCAGCUAGAGGAAAGAAAAGUCAUCUCUCCACCUCCUUUUGCACCUUCACCAACAUUGCCUCCUACCUUCCAUCAGGAGGAAUUUUUAGAUGAAGACUUGAAGAUAGCUGGGAAAUACAAAGGAAAUGAUUAUAGCCAAUACUCUCCUUGGUCUUGUGACACCAUUGGUUCCUACAUUGGAACCAAAGAUGCAAAACCCAAAGAUGUGGCAGCAGGAAGUGUGGAAAUGUUGAAUGUGGACAGUAAAGGAAUGAGAGACCAGAGGUUGGAUCUUCAGAGAAGAGCAGCAGAAACCAGUGAUGAUGACCUCAUCCCAUUUGGAGAUCGACCAACAGUAUCUCAGUUUGGUGCCAUCUCUCGAACUUCCAAAACAAUAUAUCAGGGUGCUGGUCCAAUGCAGGCUAUGGCACCUCAGGGAGCUCUCACAAAGUCCAUUAACAUUUCAGAUUAUAGUCCAUAUGGAACCCAUGGUGGCUGGGGAGGCUCCCCGUAUUCACCUCAUCAAAACAUACCUUCUCAGGGACACUUCAGGGAGAGGGAGAGAAUGUCAAUGUCAGAUGUGACCAGUCAUGGAAAACCCCUUCCAUCUGCUGAGAGAGAACAGCUACGACUAGAAUUACAGCAACUGAACCAUCAGAUCAACCAACAGACCCAGCUACGUGGACUAGAGGCUGUUAGUAACAGGCUGGUGUUGCAGAGGGAGGCGAACACACUGGCAGGCCAGCCACAACCUCCACCACCAACUCCAAAAUGGCCUGGAAUGAUCUCAAGUGAGCAGUUGAGCUUGGAAUUGCACCAAGUGGAAAGGGAAAUUGGGAAGAGAACUCUAGAACUCAGUAUGGAGAACCAGUGUUCUCUAGACAUGAAAAGCAAACUGAGUACCAGUAAACAAGCAGAAAAUGGACAGCCAGAAUCACAAAACAAGGUUCCAGCUGAGGACCUUACAUUGACAUUCAGUGAUGUACCAAACGGAUCAGCCCUGACACAAGAGAAUAUCAGCCUCCUAUCAAACAAGACCAGCUCCCUGAACCUAGCAGAGGACCCCGACGGAGGAGGGGAUAACAAUGACGCCCAAAGAUCAGGAGUUACACCAGUUCUGCUUCCUAAAAUGUGA